AUGAGGCAAAGGUCACCACAUCACAACCAGAGGACUUGGGCUGAACUAUGUUGUUUGGGUUGGUCCUGCAUACAGCUCUUCUGGGCAAGGGUGGUCUUGCGCAAAUUGCUUAACAUGGGAAGCAACGACUCUGAUUACAGUGCUGACCCUGAUGAUGAUGAUGAUGAUGAAGGGGAUCCUAUUAGUGAUUCAGACAAUGAAGAGUGGCCAAGACAGUCGCGGUUUAUGGACAACAGAGGUGAUGAAGCUCCUAGUGAAUCAAAUGAAUUUCUUCCAAGGUUAAGGAGGCAAAAGUCUUCGACUUAUAGAUCUCAGUAUAUAAACAUGAAGGAGUUGAGGGUAUGUGUUGGCACUUGGAAUGUUGGAGGAAGACUUCCACCUGAUGAUCUAGAUGUUGAUGAAUGGUUUGGUGUCAAUGAACCGGCUGACAUCUAUGUCCUUGGUCUUCAAGAGAUUGUUCCCUUAAACCCUGGUAACAUUUUUGGUGCUGAAGAUACUCGUCCUGUUCAAAAAUGGGAGAAUAUUAUUCGGGAAACACUGAAUAGAGUUCGACCUGCAGAACUGAAGAUAAAAUCCUUUAGUGAUCCUCCAUCUCCAUCAAGAUUUAAGCCAUCAGAUGAUGUCCCUGGUAUAGAAGAAGAAAUAUUACUUGAAAGUGAUAGUGACAUUGGUGAGGAAGUACAUCCUUUGGAUGAAGAACACAAUAUUUGUGAUGGAGGUACUAACGGAACAAUCACGGAUGAAAUCAUGAAUACAAAUUUAUUGGCUUCCAAUGCUGCUGAUAUUGCCAACUCCGGUAUGCCAGAUGAAAUUGAUUUAAAGAGACAGUUUUCCUUUCCAAAGAGGUUUGAUAGGCUACAAGGUUCGCAAGAAAACAUGGACACAUCAUAUGCCCAACAGGCCACUAAACUAACCCGAAUGCUUAGUGGGUCUGAAAGGAUUGGUUUGAGCUGGCCAGAGCCACCACUACAUCUGUUAUCCCAGCGAGGUUUGGAGAGGCCAACUUCUUUUAAAUCAGUCAAAUCCUUUAAAUCAUCAAAGUCGUUCAGAACAUAUAAUUCUUUCAAGUCAAUUAUGGAUGAAAUACCUGGGAUUGGUUUGCUUCCUGAAAUUGACCUUGAAGCUUUAAGGAAGCGGAAAAGAAGAUCUUCAUAUGUAAGGAUUGUGAGCAAGCAGAUGGUUGGGAUUUUCAUCACCGUAUGGGUUCGUCGAAGCUUGCGUAAACAUAUUCAGAAUGUAAAGGUUUCAACGGUUGGUGUUGGUGUUAUGGGCUAUAUUGGUAACAAGGGAUCAAUAUCUGUAAGCAUGUCCAUAUAUCAGACGCUAUUUUGUUUCAUAUGCACUCACCUUACAUCCGGUGAAAAGGAAGGAGAUGAACUUAAAAGAAAUGCUGAUGUUCAUGAGAUACUUCGUAGAACCCAUUUUCAUUCACUUUCUUAUAUUGGACUUCCCAAAAGAAUCCUUGAUCACGAACGUAUAAUUUGGUUGGGUGAUCUGAAUUACCGUAUCAACUUAUCAAAUGUGGAAACAAGAGCCCUUAUCUCAAAAAAGCAGUGGUCAAAAUUGGUUGAGAAAGACCAGCUUGUGCAAGAACUCAACAACGGUGCAUUUGGAGGAUGGUCGGAAGGCAUGUUAAACUUCCCACCAACUUAUAAAUAUGAGGUUAAUUCAGAUAAGUACUAUGGAGAUGAUCCCAAGGUUGGAAAGCGUGCACCAGCUUGGUGUGAUCGGAUUCUUUCAUAUGGAAAGGGAAUGAGAUUACUGAGUUAUAGAAGGGCUGAGCUCAAGCUGUCAGAUCACAGACCCGUGACUGCCACAUAUAUGGCUGAUGUUGAGAUGUUCUCUCCCAGGAAGCUACAGCGAGCCCUAACUUUCACUGAUGCAGAGAUUGAAAAUGAAGAGGUCAUAAAAAAACUUAGGGAUACAUAAUGAGUUCUAAAGGAUGUAAGUAUUUGCAGAAUUUCAAGGAGCAUCAGUAACAGCUACUUCACAAAGAAGAUUGCCAAACUUGAUAUUAGAUUCAUUCAUUCAUUCAUUUUUUUUUUUUAAUUUUUUUUUACGUCAACGUUUGUAUAGGAAACAGUUUUAUGAUUUGUCUUUUAGGUAUCCUACCAAUAGGAUUUAGUACUAGUUGGUUAAUUGGCUGCAUCAUGUGUAUGUCCUUCUAGGUUUGAGGAGUUCAUUGUAUCAAGAUC